GCUAUUGUGUGUAAAAACUGAAUUUUGCGAUCAUCAUUUAUUUCCUUGAAACAUUAUUAUGUACCAAAGAUCGCAAUUAUAACCCGUAAACGUUUUUUCUUUCUAGUUAAACACGAGCAGCAACUGAGUGUAGUUCUAUCAGUAACUCGUACAGUCGUACAAUAGAUUUUUAAAAAGUAUGCUGCUCUUAGGGCUGCUUUUGGUUUUAGGAUGUGCAGUUUUGGUGAUGUUGCUCUUCAUAUAUUUAACAUCUGAGACAUAUGCAAAGGUUAUUAGAUUCAAGGAGGAGCAAUUCUAUUUGGAUCCAAAGACUGCUGAAAAGCAGAGGUUUCCUUCAAUUGAAGAUGAAUCUACCAUAUUGCUUUCAGUAAUUGUACCAGCCUACAAUGAAGAGAAACGAUUACCUGUGAUGCUAGAAGAAUGCCUUGAUUACCUUGAAAAGAAGCUGAACAGUGAUCCAAGCUGUACAUUUGAAGUCCUAAUUGUAGAUGAUGGAAGCAAUGACAAAACUACUGAAGUUGGCCUUAGCUAUUCAAAAAAAUAUGGGUGUGAUAAAGUUAGAGUAUUGACAUUGUCAACAAACAGGGGAAAAGGUGGUGCUGUACGAUUAGGAAUGCUUAGCGCAAGAGGAAAACAGUUACUGUUUGCUGAUGCUGAUGGAGCAACAACAUUUGAGGAUAUAUCCAAGCUUCAGAACAAUUUAAAAGAACUUGUUAAAGAUCAGCCCAUGGAUAAAGCACUAGGUCUUGUCUGCGGAUCUCGUGCUCAUCUGGAAAAAGAAGCUAUUGCCUCCCGUUCUUUCUUUAGAACUGUCCUGAUGAAAGGAUUUCAUCUAUUAGUUUGGUUGUUUGCCGCCCGAUCAGUGCGAGACACGCAAUGUGGUUUUAAACUGCUUACGAGACCAACUGCUAGGUUAUGCUUUCCGAAUCUUCACAUUGAGCGAUGGGCUUUUGAUGUUGAACUUAUAUACAUAGCAGAAUACAUGAAUAUACCGACGGGUGAAGUAUCAGUUAGAUGGAUGGAAAUUGAAGGUUCAAAAAUCGUUCCUGUAUGGAGCUGGCUUCAGAUGGGUCGAGACUUGAUCCUGAUGUGGCUGCGGUAUUCCACUGGAGCCUGGAAAGUUAACAUGCGUUCUCAAACGUCUAAAGUGAAAUAAAGUUCUUUGUUGUACAAUGAAAUUGGUUUUUAUUUCAACUUGUUUCAUCAUUAUUCUGUUCAUGGAACUGAAUGUUGUUUUUUGUCUUUGACACCUGGAGUCAAAAAUACACAUGCAUUAAAAAUUUUCA